ACUCUCGCACAGAAUCGCGAAGACGGAAGACGGCAUGGAGCUUCCCGCUGGCUGUCCAAUCCUCUUCACAGCCUUGCUUGCUGUCAGCUUGAUAGUUGCUGUCAGUGGCCAAGAGGAUAUCUGCCCAGGGGUAAUAUCACGUGAGAAAUGGGGAGGCAGAGUUCCGAAGAGAAUCGAUUAUAUGGUGAUUCCACUGCCGUAUGUCAUUAUCCAGCACACGGCCACUCCAAAAUGUACAAGUAUGGAAGAAUGUACAGAUCGUGUGCGUAGUAUCGAGGCGGACCACAUGAACAACAACGAUUCGCUGCCCGUGCGGCCUCAAAUGGAAGCCUUGAAGAAGUUGAUUGAGUGCGGCGAAAAGCAGGGCUUGUUGGCGGAAGACUACAAAUUGUUGGCCCAUCGGCAGGUGUCUGCUACCCAAAGUCCGGGACUAGCACUCUUCCAGGAGAUCCAGACCUGGCCUGCAUGGAGCCCCCGCCCGUGAAGAGCUCAGGCCGCCAAAAUGACGCUAAAAGGUGCAACAACCUAGGGGUUGCCCACUGUUUUUGACAAUACCGCCAAAAAUUAUUUAAGACCCAAUCUUCAUGCAUACCUUUAAUGACUUCUAAUCACGUAUUUUGCUCGUUUUAUGUAAUGUGUGAAUUGUUAGUCCCUAAGAUACGCCGAAAUUUCGGUCAGUCAAGAAUGACCUUUGAUCAAAUUCAGACACUUCCUUGCCUCCGCCAUCGAUCUUUGUGAGUCGUGAACUCGACCACCCUGGCAGAACGAGCCACUGCCCAGGGCGUCGAACCCAACUCUAGCCGAGAGUUUGCAAUUUGGCUUAGCUGACGGUCUUAAAGAGGUCUUAAAGAACACGACGUCUUAGUGGUGCGCAUUUGUCUUGCGAAUCAGUUUGAGAUAUUUCAGAUAUUCGCAUUUCAAGGGUCAAGACCGAAAAACAUUCGCAAACGGUGUUCGUAAGGUGCUACUUCAAAAUUCAGUGUUCUAUAAAGCUUUUGAAGAAGGUUAUUUUCGUGGAGUACUAUGUUUAAAUACUACAUAAUUAUAAACUUCAUUUCUUUAUUUGUAGAAAAAAUAAUGCAAAACUAUAAAGAGUAUUAAAACAUUAACAUACAAAUA